CUUCUCGGUGAGGGCGGGGCGGUGGGUGUGUUGAGGGAGAGGCCUGCAGAGGUACAGGUGCUGCAGCUGGAUAUCUCAGCUAGAACCUGUUUGGAGUCUACAUCAGCAGCAGCAGCAGCGAACACACAUCUCUGCAUUCUGACAGCAACCACUCGCCAGGAUAAGCUAAGGGGGCAGAUUUCAGAUUUUUGUGCGAGGCACGGUUCUAUUCCUGCAACCUGUGAGCUCAUCACCUGCAAGCUUGGUCGACACACCCUCAAGUCUGUGACACUGAGAGGAGCACGCAGCUCGGUCGCAUUCCUGCACCAAAAUAUGUGCGUGUGUGUUUAGCACAAUGAGUGCAGAUGGAAAAGAACUCCCUCCCUACAUCCUACCAGUAGAACAGCAUAGCAGUGGAGUGAAGGUUUACAGUCCGCACACACCUUUCAACCCUCACACCCCAAACCAGAGUGUCUCGCAGGUCGCUCCAGUGUACACAAGUGGAGGGGGUGGCCUCGGUUCAGGCCCCGAGUCUGGAGAUGGCAAAAGAAAAUAUGUGAGCUAUGACUCGGCGCUGGAACGAAGUCCCGCCAUGACGACCUGCACUUCCUGCCAGCAGCAGGUCAUGACCAAUGUCAGCUACAAAGCAGGGACGUACGCGUGGCUGAUGUGCUUACUCUUCAUCUGCUGCGGGCUUGUCCUGUGCUGCUGCCUGAUUCCAUUUUUCCUGAAAAACUUCAAGGAUGCGUACCACACGUGCCCCCGCUGCAACAGAGUCCUGCACGUUGACAAGAAACAAUGCUGUAAAUGACGACCAUGAGGGCGGAGAAGGACCCAUAGAAAUAAGAAAUAACAUCCUGUUUCUUUUGUCUGUGUUUGCGAUAUCUGGUAAAGAAAACAAAACAUUUUUUGAAACGAUAGAGAAAGGUCACAGUUCAAAUGUAGAGCAUUUCUAUGGACCAGCCGUUACAUUAGCCGAGGCAAAUUCAAGCAUGGUUGACUUUCACAUUACGUCAUAUUAUUAGCAGUGAUUGCACCCUAAAACAAAUCAAACACACCCCAUGCACUUUCUCUCUGUCUUUUUGUCCCAUUUCCAGCAGAAAAACGUUCUCUACUAUCCAACUCAGAACUUUUACCUAUAAAAUGUUCCAAAUGAAGGCUUGUACAUAGACUCUAUCAAACACUUUAUGUUCCAAAGGACUGUGCAUUUGAAACACAGACAGUCCAGUGGUCUAUUUGAAGGUACUGUCACAACUUCUGCAUUAAUGACAGCACUGUAAAGAAGAAGAAAGAAGCCAACACAGAAUGUUAGACCAGCACGGAGCCCCGGAAGGGACAUGGAAGGGGAGGAAAGAGAGACGUACUUUUGCGAAUCUUUAUUUUUGAGGCCAAUCUCAAAAUAAAAAUCUAUAAACCUC